AUGGCGGCUACAGGUACACACUUCCUCUGCUACUCCCCAACCUUUACCAAAACCUCAAAUCACUCUCUCAACCAAAACCCAUUUUUCAAAAUCCCAACUUUAUCUCUCAAAACCACCCAAAAGCUGUCUCUUUCUCUUAAAGCCAUCCUCUCUCAAAACCCUGCAAAAACCCUAAACCAAAACACCUCAUUUCAGCAUUGUUUCACCAAAUCCUCAGAUGGGUAUCUUUACUGUGAAGGACUUAAGGUCCAGGAAGUCAUGGACUCUGUUGAGAAGAGGCCGUUCUAUCUCUACAGUAAGCCACAGAUAACUAGAAACUUUGAGGCCUAUAACCAGGCUUUGGAUGGACUGAGCUCAAUUAUUGGGUACGCUAUUAAGGCUAACAAUAACUCGAAGAUUCUAGAGUAUUUAAGGCAGCUUGGUUGUGGUGCUGUGCUUGUCAGUGGAAAUGAGCUGAGGCUUGCUCUCCAUGCUGAGUUUGAUCCCACUAAGUGUAUUUUUAAUGGGAAUGGAAAACUUUUGAAGGAAUUGGUCUUAGCCGCCGAAGCGGGUAUCUUUGUUAAUGUUGAUAGUGAAUUUGACUUGGAGAAUAUUGUAGCAGCUGCAAGAAUAGCUGGCAAGAAGGUUAAUGUUUUACUUCGGAUCAACCCAGACGUGGACCCUCAAGUCCAUCCUUAUGUUGCCACUGGGAACAAGAACUCCAAAUUUGGUAUUAGAAAUGAGAAGUUGCAAUGGUUCUUGGAUUCUGUAAAGGCACAUCCUAAUGAGCUAAAGCUUGUGGGAGCUCAUUGCCAUCUUGGGUCCACCAUCACCAAGGUGGACAUAUUCAGGGAUGCUGCGGUUCUUAUGGUCAACUACAUUGACGAAAUCCGAGCUCAAGGUUUUGAAGUUGAUUACUUAAAUAUUGGAGGUGGACUUGGUAUAGAUUAUUAUCACACUGGUGCUAUCCUUCCUACACCCAGAGAUUUAAUUGAUACUGUUCGAGAGCUGGUCCUUUCACGAAAUCUUAAACUCAUCAUUGAACCUGGGAGAUCAUUGAUUGCAAAUACUUGUUGCCUGGUUAGUCGUGUAACUGGGGUCAAAACUAAUGGAACAAAAAACUUUGUUGUGAUUGAUGGCAGCAUGGCUGAACUUAUCCGUCCUAGUCUUUAUGGUGCUUAUCAACACAUAGAGCUGGUUUCUCCUGCACCACCUGAUGCAGAGACCUCAACCUUUGAUGUGGUGGGCCCUGUCUGUGAGUCAGCAGAUUUCCUGGGAAAGGAUAGAGUACUUCCAACUCCAGCCAAGGGAGCUGGUCUGGUUGUUCAUGAUGCUGGUGCUUACUGUAUGAGCAUGGCGUCAACUUAUAAUCUUAGAAUGCGCCCACCAGAGUACUGGGUUGAAGAAGAUGGAUCAGUGACCAAAAUCCGGCGUGGAGAAACAUUAGAAGAUCAUAUGCAAUUCUUCGAAGGGCUUUAAUCAACAUCAUGGGUUGUGUCUGUAACUGUAGAUUAAGAUACCUGUGAUUUGCUUCCACUUAUGUAAAUCUUGAGUUUCCAAUAGGGAAAGGGCUGUGAUUGUGUCCCAAUUAAUAUGAAGAUAGUCUCUUGGAAUGUGAGGGAGCUGAACAAGAAGGAUAGGAGGCUGAUGUCAUUUGUCUGUAGGAGACAAAGAUGGAGCUUAUCGGGUUUUAUUAAAAUUCUUUGAGGUUGUCAAAAUGUUGAUUGGGUUUAUUUGAAUUCAAUAGGUGCUUCAGGUGGGAUAGGAAGGUUUUGGAGAAGUUGGAAGAUGUUGUGGGUCAAUUUUCGGUGUCUUGUAAAUUUAGGAAUGUAGAGGACAAUUUUGAAUGGGCUUUUACUAGUGUUUAUAGUCCUAUUGUGGAUAGGGAGAAAAGGCUAAUGUUGGAGGAAUUUGUGGGUUUGUAUAGUUGGUGGAAUUUGCCAUGGUGUGUAGGUGGUGACUUCAAUGUUGUUCGCUUUCCUUCUGAACAUUUGGGGGCUAAAAGCUUCGCUCAGGUUAUGCACAAUUUCUCAAAUUUCAUAUCUAUUAAUGGGUUAAUGGAUAUCCCUUUGGAGGGUGACAGUUACACUUGGUCCAAUUCUUUAUUUAGUUCUAGUAUAGAUCAAUUUCUCUUUUCUUCUGAGUGGGAGGAACACUAUCCAAAUAUUCAUAAAAAAUGGCUUAUUAGAGUUUUAUCAGACCAUAUUUCCCGAUUUCUUUAGAGGGUGGUGAUAUUCAUAAGGGCCGAUGGCCUUUUCGUUUUGAGAACAUGUGGCUUCAAGUGGAUGGUUUUGUGGAGAAGGUGAAAAUUUGGUGGGACUCUUAUAAUUUCUAUGGAACUCCAAGUUACAGGUUAGCCAAGAAGUUAAAAGCUUUAAAUGGAGAUUUUAAAAAGCGGAAUGAAUUAGAGUUUGGUAAUGUAACCAUUAAGAGAAUGAAAUUGUGGAAUGUUUUGAAUGCUCUAGAUUCUAAAGAGGAGAGGGUUUCUUUAUCAAUCAAUGAGAAGUGUGAAAAAGGAGAAUUUGCAUGGAAAUUGAGAAGACUGCAUUGUUGGAAGAGAUUAGCUGGUGACAAAAAUCGAGGGUGCUAUGUUUAAGGGAAGGGGGGACAUCAAAAUGAAUUUCUUUCACUGGAUGGCUAAUUCUAAUAGAAGAACUAACAGUAUUGGCAGUCUUAAUAUUGGAGUGUUGACAUCAGAUCAAGAAGUUAUUGAAGAUGGUAUUGUUUGAUUCUAUAAGAGUCUUUACUCGGAAGAUAAGCUCCAUCGCCCUCACCCGGAUGUGUUGAAUUUUUCCGAGAUUUCCAAGGAUAAGGCUGGCUGGUUGGAAAAGCCUUUUGAGGCAGUUGAGAUUCCUUUUGAGGAAGUUGAGAUUUUUAGGGUGGGUUAAGGAUUUUAAUGGAGAUAAAGCUCCUAGACUUGAUGGUUUCCCUAUGGCUUUUUUCUAGACUUGUUGGGUCAUUAUCAAAACCAAUCUUAUGGACAUUUUUCAAUAUAUAUAUAUUUUUUUUGAUAAUGCUCUGUUUGAAAAAAGUUUGAAUGCCACUUUCAUUUCCUUGAUUCCUAAAAUAUCCGGUGUGGUGAAGGUAAGGGGUUUCCGACCUAUCAACUUGGUUAUUAGAAAAUUGAGAAGUUUUAAUAAAGCACUGCUUGAAAAUGGUUUUGGAGAUUUGGGAAUGAGCUUCAAGCCUAGUGGAUGAGAGUGAUAAGGAUCAAGUAUGGUUGUGAAGGGGGAGGCUAGUUCUCUUGUCCUAUUACUAGUCCUCAUGGAGUGAGUUUGUGGAAGUCUAUUAGCCGUGGUUGGCCUUCUUUUACUUGUCAUAUCCAAUUUGAGAGGUUGGGAUGGGAUCUACUAUUAGAUUUUGGCAGGAUGCUUGGUGUGGGGACACCUCUUUGAGAUUGUGCUAUUCGGAAUUAUGUGCUAGAAGUCACAAUAAGGAGGCUUAUGUAGCUGAUUUGAUGAAGUUCCCAAAUGGUGUUCUCUAUUGGAAUUUGAAUUUUGUAAGAGGUUUUCAGGAUUGGUAAUUGGAGUCUUUAUCCAAUUUCUUGAAUAGUAUUUAUGGAGUUUCUUUGAGGGGAGUUAGGAUUUAUUGGAAGUCCACUAAGGGAAGAGGUUUUGCAGUUCGCUCAUACUACUAGAUCUUGACAAAAAAUAUAGAUCAGUCCUUCCCUUUGAAGAUUGUUUGGAAGCCUAAAGUUCCUCCUAGAGUUUCUAUUUUUUUUUUUUUUUUUUUUUUGGGUCUGGAUUGCCGCUUUGGGGAAUAUUUUGACAAUUGAUAAUCUUCGGAAACAGAAGAUAUGGAUUUUAGAUUGGUGUUGUAUGUGUAAAAAAAAAUUGGGGAAUCAGUAGACCAUCUUCUUAUCCAUUGUCCUCUCACUUUUAAUUUGUGGUACAUGGUGUUUAUCUUGUUUGACAUUCAAUGGGUUAUGUCGAAGACAGUGGUGGAGCUGCUAGCUUGUUGGCAAGGAAAGUUUGGGCGACAUCAGAAUAGUGCUAUUUGGAUGGUUGUCUCUCAUUCUUUGAUGUGGUGCAUUUGGUGGGAGAGGAAUACUUGACAUUUUGAGGAUUCAUAAACAGAGUUCCAGAUCUUAAAAUCUUCUUUUUUAAGACUCUUUUGAACUGGGUAACAAUGUUAAGUUUUUGUUCUUUCUUUUCAGUUCAUGGUUUUAUGGACUUCUGCACUUUAUGUGCUUGAGUUGUAUUUUGUCCUUGAUGUAUACUACUUGUAUACUCGGGUGACACUUCUCUUCUUUUUUUAAUACUUAUCAAAAAAAGAAGAAGAAGAGAUACCUGUGGUUUGCUCUUGAUGCAUGGUUGCAUUAUUUCAUGCUGGAUGUUGUGAAUUUGAAUAUUGAAUUUGCAGAUGCAUUUUUUUGUU